AUGCCACCAGAAACAUCUCGCAGCACGACUCCAACCAAGAGGACGAACAUGACUGCCAACUACUUGGCAGAAGCGAUAAUCAAGGAUACCAAUCGUCCAAAGAAUCUUUCGCCGCCACAAACUCCACCACGAAGAAGGAAAGAUCCUCCCUCCAGCUACCCAAGAUCGGCUCGCCUUGCUGCAGUCGUAGGUUCGACUACCUUCUUCGACGAUACACAUGGUUACGACAGGGACUCAGCGACCGACGAAGAUGGGGACGACCACCACGACCUGACGUAUUCCUCCAAGCACAUUCCCCGAGCCUCGCUUGUCGACCAUAUGGUGAUGGCCCUUGACCAGUACUCGAUUGCUUCGUCCGAGCCCAAACAUUACGAGGAAGACCUCCUGUCAUAUCGGCGCAGAGGCCAUACGUUUUCGUCCUCGAUCUCCUCAGAAAGCGACGUUCGCACCAUACAAGCACAGUCUUUGCAGAUGUCGGCGCCCAAGAUCAUGCGUCGAAGCAGUGCAAGAUAUACAAGGGAUCCGGCCAAAUUGCCUAGCAUCUUUGGUGAAGACGAAGAAAAUACCCGUGUCCGUGUUUAUGAAGCGCAACGAGCAGCACCACCUUCCACUGUACGGAAACCGCGAAAUAGAGGAGAUGAUUACAAGAAGAAAAGCGGUGGCAGUGCAUCCAGUGUCGACCUGUCGCAAUUUAAACAGGUCUCAGGCAGAUUGGGUCCUGCAGGCAAUAGAAGGUCACAAAGCUUUGAUUUCGGUCGUCACCGCCAUGAAGUUGAACACAACGAAGAGGCGCAAGAUACUGCACCUCAUCCCGUGAUUUACUCAGGUCCUAAGGCGCAGAGAACACCGGCUUCACCACCCUUGUUGCCCACUACGCUAAGCAGACGGGAUAGCAUGAAGUCAUCGAAGAACAUCAGAAGCAAGUCCUCCAACACACUAGCCGCAAGCACUGUAUAUGAAAACCCACUACCACCAGUGCCACCAACACUUACUUCUACACCUUCGCUCAACAAGCUUAUCACUACUGACGAGCCACAGACCGCUUCACGACCAGGACUGUUCAAAAGAUUCUUUGGCUCUUCAAAGAGCAGUGUGCCUGGCACACCGACUGCGGCUACGACUCCUCAGGACAGUAACACUUACUUUGGUGCUCAGCCUGCCACAAACAAGCUUCACAAGCAGACACUGAAAGAGACUGCUGAGGAUCACGACAAAGAAAAUGUACGACCACCUCUACAGAAGAAGCCCUCUUCCUUCUUCAGACGACGGAAAAAGUCCACAACAAGUAUCGCUGUACCUCCACUACCUCUCACCUUGACUUCAAGUAUCACUGGCUCAGAGAUUACCCCAGGUCAACCUAGUCCUGUCUCGAGUCUGAAGGCAUUCAUGGAUCCAUACUUGACCGACGACAAAGGCUUUGCUGGCGCGGAACUUUCGCAAGUAGAGUCCCCAAUGGACAUUUAUUCGUCACAGCACAAUUCAGCUAGGCUGUCAGUGCCACAGAAAGAGACAUUCUUCACCGAUAACAGCAGUGUUGAAGAUGGUAGCAAUAGUGCAGCAAGUGAUACAGAUGAGCCCUCAAAGCCCAUGCAUAGCAGGACUCAGCCAGUUGCUCUGCGCACAGCCACUGCACCAGCUGCUCUCCCGACAACAAGACCGGUGCUAGGGCCAAGGUCAAGCUCAUGGCAUUCUGAGCAUCUUGCCAUUCCUCCCAGAUCAGACUCGUUGUCCAAGAAUAGACAAUCGAGGAUGAUUAGUUCUACCAGUCCUGGACCCAGCAAGAGUGUUCUCUCCAUACAUCAUCGCAGGACGUCCGGUUCGGAAACGUCUGAAUACAGGUCUGCCCCAAGCACUCCGGGCGUGCAGAACAUUACAAGCGCAAAAUCUAACACAUCUCCACACCUUCACAUCUCGCAUCCAAGCAUGAAUCUGGAUCUUAAUGUGGUAGAGCUCGACAAAGCGCAGGAUAUCUACAACAACGGUGAGGACGAUGUGGAUGGACGUAGUGCUGCAGCUUGGCUUGGUGAGACGAGCAGCGAACACGAGCGUGUCAGGAAGGCGUAUAUGCAGCUUUUCGACUGGACUGGUCAGACAAUUCUACAAGCACUGCGUGGCUUGUGUAAAAGAUUAGUGCUCAAGGCUGAGUCGCAGCUCAUCGAUCGAAUCCUCGAUGCUUUUGCUAGGAGGUGGUGUGAUUGCAACCCCAACCACGGCUUCAAGUCUGAGGACGUGGUGCACACGCUGUGCUAUUCUAUCCUGCUGUUAAACACGGAUUUGCACAUGGCCGACAUUGUAUCCAAGAUGACACGCAGUCAAUUUGUGAAGAACGUGAUGUCGACGAUCCGGACUGUGGUGGCCGAGGCAAGUGAGAGCAACCAGACGGCCCGUAUUGAUUCGGGGGAUCUGAAAGGUGAAGCCAAACUCCUUGUCGAUGCGCCAUAUACAGGCUCCCGAAUGGGCUGGGAAAUGCAGAUCGAGCUUGUUCUAAAAGACUUUUACCUCUCGAUUCAGCGAGAGCCUCUACCACUCCUUGGGUCAGACUGCGUUCCUCGCUACCCGCCAAGCGCAUCCAACAACAAUCUUCUCUCCCUUAGCGGCCUGCGGCGAACUCCCAGUGUGCUAAGCAAAGCACAAUCUGAUAGCAACCGGAGUCGUUAUGGUGACAGUAGGUCGCUCGGGUCGAAGUGGAACACUAAAGGGCGUUCCCGACCUCGGCUUACUUCUACACCAGGGUUUGGGUCUAGUAAGAACAGCUUGGAAGAUCAAUCGUCUGCUUGGAGUCCUAGCAUAUCCAGCACGUGGAGUAAGGCCAGUCUCGGCAAGACGCUGACUUCGCUAUCGGUUGACUCAUUUGCUACAAGCGCAGGUCCAGGAAAAGGAGAUUUUCAGUCUUCGAUUGGAUUUGCAAAUGCACUCAGUCAGGCUAUCAUCCGCGAAGAUCAAUUAGAAACGCAGACUGAAGAUGGAACGAAAAGUACACCAUUACUUGAAGAUGAGAGCCUCGAGCUUGAGGGCGCUCCAUGGGCCAAGGAAGGUAUCUUGAAGCACAAAUGUCAUCUUGAUGGUGUUGAUAAGCGUUCGAAAGAUCGCAACUGGAACGACUGUUUCGCAGUGAUUGAGAAGGGAUGGAUGAGGCUGUUCUCUUUCUCGGUCACGGCCAAGUCAUUGAGAAACAGGGCACGCAGUCAGAAGCCUAGUGGUGUUGUUGGUGGAGGCAAUUGGCAGGAGAAUGCUGAAGAGGUAUGGAAAUUCAUGCUUCGGCACACCAUCGCUAGCAGCCUGCCACCGCCCGGAUACUCGAAGCAGCGGCCGUUCGUGUGGGCAUUGAGUCUACCCACAGGAGCGGUGCACCUCUUCUCAGUCGGAACUCCUGACAUUGUGAAGGAAUUUGUUUCAACAGCCAAUUUCUGGAGUGCUCGGCUUUCGAAGGAGCCCAUGAUUGGUGGUGUCAGCAGCAUGGAGUACGGCUGGAGUGACAAUGUAAUCGACCGGGCGGUGACAGGACCUGAGGUACGACCAUCCUUUACUUCUUCAGACGCAGCCACGGCAAGACCCAGCACGCAAAUGUCGAUGCGAUCAUCCAUUGACCAUGGUGGCAACACGAGACCUCGCUUGCCAGGCGACAGAGUUCAUGUCAGUGAUUGGACACCUCCACAACAGUCUCUGCUAGCUUCUCAGCUCUUGGAGGUGGACCAGCUAAAAGCGCUGCAGCUUUAUGUCCAGAACAUUGAAGAGGAUCUGCAGCGUCACAAUGAGCUGCGUGGGCCGAUGUUAUUGGCAUUCUCGUCGAAGCACACCAACUACAGCAGGGCCAUGACCAAUUGGGAGAAGAAGAGCGCGUAUCUGCUACGAGAAAUCGUCAAAUUCAAGAAUUAUAUUGACGCGCUGCAGGGAGCACAACAGACGAAAGAGCGGAUAUAUAGAUUGAGACAGGAGGACGAUAGACAGAGACAGGCUGAUGAUGACAGUAUGGCUUUGCAGCAGAGCUCGAAUAUGGGAGCCAGUCCGAGUUAG